AUGACGGACGACGACGAGUUUGGCGAUGACAUCGCCGAUGAAGACCUGAUGCUUGCUUAUGAGGCAGCAUCUGCACCGACCCUCUCGGCUUUACCAGUUGUUUCUCGUCCUUCGAAUGCUGCAGCCGUCAUAAAUCAACCUCAACCUGUCUCAUCUAGGCAAAUUUCGAGUGUUGGCCGGCAAAUGGGAGCACCGCGCCCGCCAGCGAAGUCAAACAACUCGUUAAAAAACAUCAUAGCACAGGUAGAGGAAAGUAGAACUGGAUUCACCGAUGCCGCUGCAGAGCUCGACGGCUUGCCUUCGGACGCCUUCGAUAGUUCGCAAACCAACGUGGGGCAAUCACAAAGAUCAUUGCUGGCGAGCUGCAGACAGCCAUUGCGCCUGUCCGGACAGACUUCUCUUCGACAAACAACUCUGUUCGGUGACAGACUACAGACCGAACCUACACAGCCGCCGCCGUCUAACCGACUGUAUCGGGGCGACUUCCCACCAGAGACACCAACACACCACAAAUUGGACCAAGAACAACUGAAGACCUGGGUGUACCCAACCAACCUCGGUCCCAUUCGAGAUUACCAAUUUAAUAUUGUCAAAAAUGGACUUUUCCACAACACGCUGGUGGCUCUUCCUACAGGCUUGGGAAAGACGUUCAUUGCGGCUACUGUGAUUCUCAACUUUUACCGCUGGACAAAGGAUGCCAAGAUGGUGUUUGUGGCACCGACGAAACCUCUUGUCUCUCAACAGGUCGAGGCUUGCUUCACCAUUGCGGGUAUUCCUAGAUCAGAGACAACACUCCUAACGGGUGACACUGCUCCGGCUCUGCGGGCUGCUGAAUGGGCAAGCAAACGCCUCUUUUUCAUGACACCACAAACGCUGCAAAACGACCUCUCGAAAGGGUAUGCAGACCCCAAAUCGAUUGUGCUUCUCGUCAUCGAUGAGGCUCACCGUGCAACGGGGGACUACGCCUAUGUCAAAGUUAUUGGCUUCAUUCGCAGAUUCACUAAGAGUUUCCGUGUUUUGGCCUUAACGGCAACGCCUGGAUCCACGGUGGAAGGCGUCCAGGACGUCAUCAACAAUCUGGGCGUUUCGCACGUUGAAAUUCGGACAGAGGAAUCUCUCGACAUACGCCAGUACGUCCAUGGCCGAGAUGUUGAGCGAUUUGUGCUCGAUCCGUCGGUAGAGAUCAAAUUUGUCCAGGAGCAUCUUUCCAAGGCUCUGAAACCGUUCUGCGAGAAGCUCGACCAACAGAAAAUAUGGUAUGGUCGAGACCCUAUGUCGCUGACAAUGUUUGGUUUGAUGAAAGCCCGGCAAGAGUGGAUGGCUGGCCCAGCACGGCACUUGAAUCAGGGAACAAAAUAUAUGACCAUGGCAGUAUUUGCAGUGCUUCAGAGCGUCGCUCAUGCGAUAAAAUUGCUAAACUUCCAUGGUAUCAAACCGUUUCACGACAGCAUGGCCGAACUCAGAAGUACGACUGAGAAGGACGAGAAGGGACCCAAGUACCGGAAACAGCUUGUUGGGGAUCCUGAUUUCCAGGAAAUGAUGUUGACUGUCGAACGGUGGCUGCAAGAGGACAGCUUUGAAAGCCACCCCAAAAUUGGAUUUUUAAAGGAGAGGCUGAACACCCACUUCCAGGACAAUCUUGGUUCCAAUACACGGGCAAUUGUUUUCAGCGAGUAUCGUGACAGUGCGGAGGAGAUUGUGCGCACACUAAAUCGGUGCAGCCCGAACAUCAAAGCUGCGAUCUUUGUGGGCCAGGCAGAUUCAAAGCGCAGCUCCGGCAUGAAGCAGAAACAACAGAUUGAGGCGAUUGAAAAGUUCAAGGCGGGGGCUUUUAACGUUCUUGUGGCAACGUCGAUUGGCGAGGAGGGUCUGGACAUUGGUCAGGUCGACUUGAUUAUUUGCUACGAUGCCUCUUCUUCUCCUAUCCGCAUGCUCCAGCGCAUGGGCCGUACAGGGCGGAAACGUGCCGGUCAUGUCAUUCUGUUGCUGAUGAGGGGAAAGGAAGAAGAGAAGUUCACGGACGCACAGAACAACUACACUCACAUGCAAAAGCUGAUCAGCGACGGGUCUCAAUUCGAAUUUCGCUUUGACAUGUCCGAAAGAAUUCUCCCUCGAGACGUCAAACCGGAGGUGGAAAGGCGAUUUAUUGAUAUUCCUGUCGAAAAUACUCAAGAUUUGUCUCUCCCAGAGCCGAAGAAAAAAAACGCGGCAAGGACUAAGAAGGCACCCAAGAAGAUAUUUCACAUGCCGGACAAUGUCGAGACCGGAUUUGUUAAAGCGUCUGCGGUUUUGGGCGGACCAAAGAAACGCAAUCAGCCAACUUUGGACCGUGGUCCGGUAGAGACGGACUUUUUGGCUGAUACUUCCGAUCUCAAGGCCAUCAUGGCGACAUGCAGCGCCUUCAAAGCCUUUCCUAUUAAGAACGGGUUCGAGAAUGGUACGGUUUUCAACUUGGGACACCUAGAGGAAGUGGAUGUCGGCACGGCACAAUUUGAGUUCCUGCAGAAUCUACGACCUACGAAGUAUCUUGGCCAUGGCCAAUAUACUCGGCGCAAUGUCCGGCUGAUGGGAAGGAUGGCAGAGCAGGCGUAUAGUCAACCGACCAAGAAUGCCAGGAAGUAUAUGCGGAUCCCGGUACCCGCGUUCGCUGCCAACUCAGAUGCCCCCGAGGAGUCUGGGCCCGACGAAGUGGUAUCGCAGACAAUGACCGUCGAACCACUGCCCAAACGACGUCGCGUUAUCGCCCCUGCUACAAAAGCAACACAAAGACAACGAGUGGUGACAUACGGGACUCUUGAUGAAGAGGCCGAGAAAGAUAUCGGCGAAGAAGAGAGUGAGCGACGGCCGAGAAAGUUCAAACCGGCAGUUAAGGGCUUGACGAAACAGAGGAGUUCUCAGUUUGUGACGUAUGCAACCCUUGAUAAAAAAUUUGAUGAAGAUGCCGAGGAAGAAGAAGAGAACGAGCGUUGGCCAAGAAAGAGUUUCAAGCCCGCCAUCAAGGGGUUGACGAAACAAAGGAGCUCUCAAUUUGUGGCGUAUGCAACCCUCGACAAGGACGUGGACAAAGACAUCGGGGCAGAAGAAGAGAGCGAACGUCAGCCAAAAAAGAGCUUUAGGCCAGCCGUCAAGGGCUUGACGAAGCAGAGGAGCUCUCAAUGGCAAUCGUACGCCUUGUCAGGGUCCAACAACAGGCCUCCACCAAUAUCAAGGCCAAAGCAGGAGACCCGGGAUAAACUAAAAGCACCCGAAAUGGAAGAAGAAAUGGAGGAAGAAGAGCUUGAUGAGGAGAUGGAAAUCAUUCAGAUCUUGCCCACCAGGACUCGACGGGAUCGUGGAGGUGCUAGAGGCGGAGGUGGGAGGGGCGGGAGGGGCGGUAGAGGUGGAAGAGGCCGUGGGGCUGCACAGGUCUCGUAUGGACGUCUGGAAGACAAGGGGGACGACUGCAUGCGAACGAGCGACAUGUACGAGAGCGAUGGGUCUGACAGCGGCGGCGAUCUUGUGGAUUUCAUUGCCGACGACGACGAGGUGGAAAUGGCGACAUCGAGCUCGAUGGCCAGAGUUGACGAUGAUGACGACUUUGACGAAAGCCGGAGCAAAGGACCAAAGAAACGACGGACAGGCCCCUUUAUAUCUCCAUCGAUGCCCAGCUCGCCACCAAUGCAGACGAUCAACGAAUUUGACAGCGAAGACGAGGCUCCCGGCCGGACCACGAAGAAGCCUAAAUUUUAUGAGCCCAUGCACCUCUCGCAGACGCUGGAGAACGACGGCAUCGACGAGGAUGGUGCGGCUCCUGUGUUUGGCGAGAAGACACGACCACUGGGUCGAGAGAAACAGCCGGCAGCUGCAGCAAGACGUGGGCGGACUGGAACGUUGCAUAAUAUAGAAGGCGGCGAUGAUGAUGAUGAUGACGAGAGGGGCAUUUUUGCACGGCGGCCUCUUGGGGCACAGAGGAGCCGUCGGCUGAUGAACGACAGCGACAGCGACGACUAA